CUUGGGCAUGGAAGAAGUGUUCAUUGCCAAACCAUUCGGAUGGGCUUCAAUUCGAACAUUCACAUUGCUAAUGCUCUUAUCUCAAUGUACUGCAAAUGUGGGGAUGUUAAAGAUGCGCUUUACAUAUUCAAAAAUUUGGAUGGCAAAGAUAAUGUAUCUUGGAACUCCAUGAUUGCAGGGUAUGCACAGCAUGGCCUUGCGUCACAGGCUAUUGAUCUUUUUGAAGAAAUGAGGCAGCAAUGUGUAGAACCCGAUGCCAUUACUUUACUAGGCGUGCUCUCUUCAUGUCGUCAUGCCGGUCUCGUUCAAGAAGGCCGGCGUUACUUCAAUUCAAUGAUCAAAGAACAUGGUAUUCAGCCAGAACUAGAUCAUUAUUCAUGCGUUAUUGAUCUUCUUGGCCGGGCUGGUUUAUUGGAAGAGGCUCGAUGUUUCAUUGAAAAUAUGCCUACUCGUCCCAAUGCCAUUAUCUGGGGCUCACUGCUUUCUUCCUGUAGGGUUCAUGGGAGUGUGUGGAUCGGCAUUGAGGCUGCAGAGUGCAGGCUAUUGCUGGAGCCAGAGUGCGCUUCUACCCAUGUACAAUUAGCAAACCUGUAUGCUAGCGUGGGAUGUUGGGAUGACGCAGCAAGAGUUAGGAAGUUGAUGAAAGAUAAAGGGAUUAAAACAAGUCCUGGGUUUAGCUGGAUUGAGAUUAGUAAUGAAGUUCACAGGUUUAGAGCAGAAGACUGUUCAAACCCCAAAAUGAUUGAAAUUAUUGCUGUCUUGUAUAGUUUGGUAGACCACAAUAAGACUUUACGCUAUGAGCCUGAAAUGCAAGAGGAAGAGAUUGAUGAUGCUUUAUACAUAUAAGUUAUAACUGUGUGACUUGUAAAAUGGCA